GUUGGCUUUGGGACGAGUUGUCUGGUGACCGCACUUCAGUCGUACCCAUCUCCGAUGACAACAAAAUCUAUUGUCAACUAAGUCUUAGAUACUGUCCAGUGUUGUCCUGAGAACCUCUAGAUGUGUUGCAUGUUGGAGUUACAUGGACAUGAUGAAGGUGCCCACAAUACCAUGGCGAACAAUACAAAUCACAGUGAAUGCAUUAACCAUUGUCACUGGCUUCUGCACAUUCAUGCCAAUGGCCUUUACAAGUCAUUAUUUCCAGAGCCACUGUGUUCUGUUUGCCAAGGUCAGAAUAUCAAUGAUGAAUUCCACUUCUCUGGUAGUUGAUAUGACGCAAACAGUGUGGGGUCAGAUAUCAGACUGCCGGUUUCCGACUUACACACCACUGGUAACCAGUAUACAUGCAUUCAUCUGGUGCUGGUUUUUCUUGCUACUCAGAGAACAGCUGAAGAAAGAUCAGCACGAGCUGCCACUGCUGAUGCUGUCCUUCUUGAUUCACAUAGUAUUUUUCAUCCUCAUGUUCAUAGUUGCCUGCUUUCUGAGUGCCGGGGUCAAUACCUGGUGUGGGAAUCUUGUCAUGGAAGUCACACUUAACACUGAUUUCCACAUGUUCCAGUGUGAAGACUCUCAAGGACUCCUGUGGCUGAAUCUGUUCUUGGAACUUCAUCCCAUAUACACAUUUCUUCUCACAGCCAAGAUAUCAUGUUGGCUUCAAGCUUUCACCUUACUAUGUCAGACUUUGGCUUGUGGCUACAAACUCUACAAGUGGCUGGUUGAUAUUCAGGAAGAACAUUUCUACAUUGAUCGCUGUGGUCAGGCUGAAUCAUUUGUGACAGAUAGUGAAAUCAGUUCAUGUGGAAGCUACAAUCCCCUUGAAAAAGUGUUAGACAUCGACAGAUAGUGUAUGAAUUUGCAAUCAAACAAUGAAAAAAUGUUUUCUACUUUGUGUGUCAUGAGUCAUCAACUUUGAUCUUGUUUUAAUAAUUUAAUCAUUUUAAAUGCCAAAUUGUUUGCUCAAUCUUUAUGGAACUCGGUCAGAAUGUUUAUCUUGAUAUUGUCUCGGCAGAGUUUUAAUAAGGGGCUCCAAUGGUGAAAUGUAGGUAACAAAUUCUAGUUUAUGAAAACCUUGUUACCACUCUUGUUUAGCUAAUCUGAGCACAUAGUGCUAAUGGGAGCUUUUAGGAUACUGUGUUGUCUGUGGUGUGUAAUGAGUGGGUUAUCUGUAAUUUCUGAUUACUUCUCCUCCUGAGCCACUUGGAAUGAUCAUUGGGUUACCCCUUUUAAAGUUGUUCAAAUAAUUACUGUCAAUUGCAUAUGUAGGGUUGUAGGGCACACAAACUAAACAUAAAUUAAACAAUAACAAGUUAAAUAUUUUUUAAACCAAAAGUGUCAAGGCUGUAAUAAUUGGUGUUAAUCAUCGACUGAUUGUCCUUCUUCUGACUUUGUUCAAGUCACUCUCCAUGGGGUCAAAAGUGACAACACCCCUGGGAUGAUAUGAUUUAUAUAGACUUACAUAGCAAAUUGACUUAAAAAUCUUAUUCUCGAAAUGACUUGAAGCUGUUAUAUUUGGCAUAUAGCAUUGUAGUGUUGUCCUCUCACAAGUUUUUCCAAAUCAAGCCCCUAUGGUUUAUAGCCUUGCCUUGGGGUUAUCUGUUUCCCUUUAAUGUAUUUAGUUCUCUUAAAAAUUCUUCUUUGAAUAACAAGGCACAGACAUUGGCCCCAUCCCAGGGAUAUGUUGUUUUUAACCAGGUUUUCUGAAGGAAAAAACUGGUUAUUAGAUUGGCGAAUGCGAGCGGGCUGGCUGGCUGGCUGGCGGGCUGGCGGGCAGGCGGAACAAGCUUGUCCGGGCCAUAACUUUGUCGUUCAUUGUGAGAUUUUAAAAUCAUUUGGCACAUUUGUUAACCAUCAUUAGACGGUGUGUCGCGCGAAAAAAUUACGUCAAUAUCUCCAAGGUCAAGGUCACACUUUGAGUUCAAAGGUAAAAAAUAGCCAUAAAUGAGCUUGUCUGGGCUAUAACUAUGUCAUUCAUUAUGAGAUUUUAAAAUCAUUUGGCACAUUUGUUCACCAUCAUGGGACGGUGUGUCGCACGAAAGAAUCACGUCAAUAUCUCCAAUGUCAAGGUCGCCACGACUAAAAAUAGAUUUAUUUUAAAACAAACUUACAAAGGGGGUUAAUUUUGUUUGUUCAUUUCAAAAGUUCAUUUUGAGUUGUCUCCCUUUAUCAGAUUUUUUUUCACAAUGAAAACCUGGUUUUGUGACAAUUUUGUCCCUUGUCUUUAUAUGUAUGCAGUGAAAACUUGACAAAUCUCUUCUAAAAUUGCAAGACCCAGAGCUUUGCAAAGUAUGUGGAAUAUAUGAUGUAACACCAUAUGGCGGUUUGCUUUCAAGUUUGUAAGAAUCAUCCCUUUUGGUACCUUAUUUCAAUCUUAUUAUAAUAGCCAAUAAGAAAAUGGAUGCCUUGAUUCUAACUUUGUCUCUAUGCUAUACGUUUGUUGAGUUGGGGGUAAUUUUCAUGAAGUUGUUACAUCACAAAUAUUGUAUAAAUAUAUUAUUACCCUGAAUCAUUUUGAACAUAAUUAUUAACCUUUGAUCUUUAUAUUUGUUGCUGCUUUUUACAUAUGUUUAUCGUCUGUUAAAAUAAUAAAUAAUCAA